AUGUCGUACGUCUACAGAGAACGCGAGCGCGAUCGCGACUAUGAUGACCGAAAUGUUACAAUCAAACGAUAUGUCGUUCCAUCCGACACCCGAGACGAUCGACGUGAUUUUAUGAGCAGCCGAGAUGAUUCCUACGGCGACCGUGAGGUGGUGAUCCGUCGCAAGACAGAACGUGAGGAACCCGUUUCAAUCCAGCGCUAUGAGAGAGACAUCGAAUAUGACCAGCCCGUUCGUCGCUACGAGCGAGAACAUUAUGAACCUCGUUAUGUCAGCCCUCGUCAAUCCGAGUACGAAAUGGAUGAUGAAUACUACCGCCGCCGUGUCGAUGACCGCUCUUCUCGCAGAGAGAUAAGCCCCGGUGAUUCGAUCUCACAAGCUAGCCGUCACCGAGGCCGCAAUCGUGACGCCGAAUACAGCAGCGACGAUGAGUACUACUACCACGAAGAGACACGCAACUAUGAUGGUGACCACCCCCAUCAUCGCCGUCAUAUGGCCGAAGGUGCCUUGGUUGGUGCAGGUGCAGCAGAGCUGAUUCGCAGCCAUCGCAGGCGCGAGGGUGAUGAGGUCAGUCAUGGUGUGAACCACGCCUUAAAGACAGCCGGUGCUGGUGCUUUGGGUGCCGUAGCGGUUAAUGCUGCCUCCCAUGCGCGUGAAUACUAUCGCAGCAAGAGCAGGAGCCGACGCCGUUCAGUUGAUGAUGAUCGUUCCCACCAUUCGCAUCGCCACAGCCGCCAUGGUAGCGGUCGCUGGAGUCACAGCCGUAGUCGCAGCCGCUCUAAGUCGCAUUCUCGCGCAAAGACCCUCAUGGAGGUUGGUAUUGGUGCCGCCGCAAUCGCUGCUGGUGUUGCUGCCCUAAGAAACAACAAGGCUGCCGAUGAGCGAAAGAGCCGCUCGCGUACUCGUUCCCGAUCUCGAGCCCGUGCCUCCAGUACCGGUCGCUCAGCGUCAGGCAAAGACGAUGCUCGCAGCAUGUCUGAGCGUCGAAAGCACAUGGCAGGAGCUGGUUUGGCUGGUGCAGCAGUGGCCGGACUUGUUGAGCAUCACAGAAGCAAGUCUCGCUCCCGUAAGGGUGAGCGUUCCCACAGCCGAUUGAGAAAGGCCCUCCCCUUAGUUGCCGCUGGUCUCGGAACUGCAGCUGCAACUGGGCUCUGGGAGAAAAACAAAGCCGAUAAAGAGGGCAAAGAGCCUGGUAGCCGUGGAAGAAGUCGAUCGAAAUCCCGAACUCGUGGAUCUUCCGAUAGAUACCCUGACCCAACCCGGGACUCUGCAGGUCUGAUCGAGUAUGGCAAGGACCCAGUUACUGGCAGCAUUCCCGCUGAGCACUACUAUGGUGCUCCGAAUGGGGACCCCGCUUAUUACUCGGACGGUGGCGAAUACAACCGACGUCCGAGCCGCAGCCGCAGCCGCAGCCGUGGUGCCAGAUACAGCGGUAGCUCAUCUGGUUCGGAUCGUGGAUCCCACCGACGCCAUAGAAAGCACCGCAGCCGUUCUAGAGACUUGGCUGGUGCCGCCUUGGGUGCUACAGGCUUGGGAUAUGCUGCCCACAAGUACUCGCAGUCUCGGGAACGGAAGAAGACUGAACGGGAGCAAGACAGGACUCGGUAUGAGGAUGCUCACCAUGAUCCCUAUGAAGAGUCUUAUGACCCGGCACCCUACCCACCUUCGCCUCCAGCUGCCAAUUACCAGCAGCCUCCCCAUGACAACUAUUACCCCAACAAUCCCAGUUUUCCUCCGCCCGCUGCCUCGGCUACCAACCUAAAUGAAGCCCCGCCUAAUGCGUAUAACCCUGCGGAUUACCCACCUCCCCCAGGGGCAGCGCCUCCAUCCCAACCCUACAACUAUGGAGCACCUGGACCAGGAACCGAGCAGUAUGCUCCACGGGCGCGGAGAGCUGACGAGAAUGUGAGUACUCCAAAGAGCUCCAUCCCACCCAUUAAUAAUCUCAACGUACACAAUGCAGGCCUAGCGGAAUUUUCUGCCAAAACGACUUCGAAGUCCCUUUCUCCGCAAUCAGAUCCUCAGAUACACCCAAAUCCAUCAUCUAAGUCUGUUUCUUUCAACAUCCAGUCCCAGAGUCCACAAAGGCACGACCGCGGCUAUGAAACGGACGACAGCGACUCGACUAUUGACGCCCAUGGGCAUAACUCUCAUUCUCAUCGGACCAGCCGUCGUCGUCGAUCCAGUUCUAUCCCACAUCCGCCCAUGUCUUAUCCCCGCUCCUCUAAUAGUCGUGAACAUGAAUCUCGAUCACAACCCCAUUCAUAUAAGCCUGCAAAGCCAUCUAAAUAUCAAGAGCCAGAUUCCGAUUCGACGAUUGAGAUGCCCGAACGCUUUGAUACAAACGGUCAUCUUUUGCAAGGCCGCGAAGACACCGAAGCCACAACGAUUGAAGAUUUCAUCAACCGGGCAGCAAAACUCUUUGCUUGA